GUCCCCUGCGUCGGCAGGCGGACUCUCAGCCACUGCGCCACCAGGGAAGCCCUGUUCAUGCUAUUAUUACUUCUUUAAUAAACAUCAUUGAAAUUUUUAAAAAAGAACAAAAAAACCGUAGCCUGAGUGGCUUAAACAACAGAAGUGUCUCACACUUCCAGAGCCUGGAGUCCGAGCGGCAGGCACUGGCGGGGUAGACUUCAGUUCAUCCUGAGGCCUCACUGCCACUAAGCUGUGUGCUCAUGAGACUUGUUUGUGCACAAGGAGAGUGGAGAGCCUGUCAGAUCGGAACCACACUGAUGACCUCAUUCAAAGGCCCCACCUCUAAAUACCGUCACACUGGGCGGUAAACGGGCUUCAACACGUGAAUCUGAGGGGACACAUUGUGUGUAACAAACUUCUCCAGAAGGCUCUGCCUAAUUUUGCUCAACUUCAGGUGUAAGCAGCGCAGUUUGUGGUCAACUCCAAGUUCAUUACCAUCGAAACCCCCUCUAGCGUCAGGGCCCAUGUGGCAGGACCAGAGGGUGAAGAAGCUCUCACCUCAGAGAGGACGAAGGAACAUCCAUCAGGAUCCUUUUCAAGACCUUGUCUGCACAUUUGAUGCAUUUCCCUGACCCUGCAAGCCAGGGCAGCUCGUGGGCUCCCCUUCUACAGAUGGAGAAAAGCAAAUAGCAGUGAGGCCAAGCUAGUUUCUCAAGAUGGCAGUGGAUUCGUCAGUGAGCGACGGAGCCCAGGACUCCAGUCUGGGGCCGUUUGUACAACUUGGUCCUUCUGCACAGAAACCUGGAGCAUUAAGUACUGAUGUCAGUGUGAUGCUUCAAGAUGGACAUUUGAGAUCUGUCUGGGUGUGGGAGGGUUUCAGUGCCCAUGUGGCUUGAGCACCUGUGUUCUAAUCAUGAAAGACUGACGUGUGGAAGAGAUUGGAUUAACUUGGAGCAACGCAGAGAAGUAGAAGGGAGGCUGAUUUCCAUCCUACAAAAAAUUUUCUCACACUUCAUGCUAUUUCAAAGAAAAGUGGUAGUGAUUUCCCUGUCCCUGGAAGCAUUCAACAACUUCUGUGGCUAUUGUAGAGGAGAUCAAAGCAAGGGAUGGAGUGUAGACUAAACGUUUUUCAAGGGUCUCUGCCCGUUGGGUUGCAUUUAUGAUUUCAGACAUUAGCCAGCCCAGCCCAUAAAAACAGCCCUCUGUUCUUAAGGCCAAUUGACUAAGUGGUACAUGUUGAAAUGAGGGUGGCUUUUAAAAGCUCUGAUUCCCUGGCACUCUGCAUAAAUACAGUAGCCUCAAACUUGUCAAGUGCUCUCUGCUUCAGUAAAACUAAGGCAAGGUUUUCAUUUUGUAGUUGACGGUUAGCAGACUGAACCAGUUUUCCUCAUGUGUGUGCCCUAGUAAGCCCCUAAGAUGAUAACCUAGCCCCAAAACCUCUAAGCUUCUUAGCUGCAUAUCCCGACCUCCCACCCCCUCGAGCUGGUGCUGCGUUUGAUGUUGGGAAAUGAAACACAGGACUCGCAGCUGCUUCUCACUGGAUGCUGACUCCAGAGAAACAAGUAUCGUAUAGCCAGUGAGUGGUUCUUAGACUUUGAGCAUUAAUAGACCAGUAAAUUUCUAAAAGAAUUGUAGAAAGAGGUGGAUAACUUUUUAUUUUGGCCAAGUAAGGGUUUUUUUUUUUUCUAAAUUGCCAUCUACGCUCAUCUCUAUAAAAGGAAGGACACUUUGUCCUUAGGCUUAGCGGCUGCAUUCUGACAUUUGUUGAUUGUCAUAGUGUCUGCAAUUUACUUUCAAAUGGUUCAAAAGGAAAAAAGCAAUAGAGAUAGAUGAGCACAUGCAGUGAAAUGUUCAUUGUCGAAUCUCCAUGUUGACUAUGUAGGUGUUUAUUAUACUAUUCCAGCCUUUCUCUGUAUGCUUAAAUUCAUAAUCAAUUGUAGGAAAUGCAAAACUAAUGGCAGAAGGCAAAUCAGUGGCUACCUGGGACCAGGAGUUGACUGAAAUGGGUGCCAGGGAACUUUUAGGGGUGAUGGAAAUGUGUCUUGAUCAUAGUGGUGGUUAAAAUCAUCAAACCACGCACUUAAAAAUGGGUAGAUUUGGUUGGAUGUGAAGUAUAUCUCAAUAAAGAUUGGGAGGAAGAAGAAGGACAUUUUAAUAUUUAAAAGUUUAAAACUUCAAAUAAAAAAAAUAGAAAAAUUUAGAACUUCAUAACCUUAGAACAAAGGACAGUCCUUUAUACUGAAUAAUUUGGUUCUAUGAAAAAACUGACAAGAGUGUCCUUAUUUUUCUCAUUUCUCCACCAAGCAGAGAAAAAUGCAUUACAGACCAGGGGCUGGGAAUGACUACCAGAGACUACCGUUUCCAAAAAGAGUGAGGUCUGGCAUGCAGUGCACCCCAGAUUUUCCUACCUGCCCGGCAUUGGCAGGGACAAGAAAAGAUUUCUUCAAAACAAAACCUAACAUUCCCUUCACACAGACCACCAGUGUCAGCUCUUUGGUGUCUGUCCUCGUAGAUUAUGCAUAUAGUGUGCACGAUAACACACAUGUGUGCAUGUAUAUCCAUACAUAGACUUGUGCGUUUGCAAAAUGUGAUCAUACUGUACAUACCAUCCUAUGACCUUCUUCAGUCACAAUCUCUACCUUCCUAGUCCAGUAAUUUCCAUCCUGCGUGUCAGAGCUCAUAUGACAUAUUACUGAUACAUUAUUAGAGCAUAUUCAGAUUUCCCCAACAGGCCAGAAAUGGACUGUACAUCCUGUUUGUCCAUUUGGGACCACACAGUACAUCUGGAUGUUCCUUAAGUGUCUUAAUCUAAUGCAUCUCUUUCCUAUGACAUUGACUUAUGAAAGAGAUCAGCCACUUUCUACAUUCAUCUGGUAGCUCUCUUGUGGUCUCAUUUAACUAUUCCUUGUAUUUCCUAAAAACGAGAAGUGAUGUCUAAAGGCUUGAUGGAUUCCAGCUGCUGCAAGGUGACACAUCACAUUGGUUGACACCAUUUGUGAUGCAAAGAUUGACAUUGGACUGUGGCUGAUCCCCUGUUGUAUAGUUCGGCUUUGCACCUUGUGAAGAGUCAUAAUCUAUAUGGCAUCACUUUGGUGUCACAGGAAUAGCCAUCUCCCCUUCCACACUUCACCUAAUGAUUUUCACACCAAUAAAGAAUCCUUGUCUGAGUCAAUAAUGUCAUCAGUAUUUUAAAACGUAAGUUUUACUAUUAUUCAGCUAUGGCGAGGUCAACAGAUCUGGAGACGAUUGCUGUUGAAAAGAUAGUUUGUUACAGUUACCAAAAAGAGGGGGCAGGCCAUGCGGGGAAGCACCAGGGCCAGUCAGGAGGUAGAAGGAUCAAGGAGAAAACAUGGGCAAGAGUUCUUUUGUGGUUUCCAUGGGCAAGAACGGGUGAGAUAGGGUAAGCAGACUUAAGAUUGGCUAUUUACUUCAGCAGGCCCUGGAGUGCAGGGGCUGUCUCCAGUUGUCUGAUACCUGGCCCCAGGGUGAUUAGGGCCGGGCAGUAGUGGCUCAGAGUGUAAGAGCCCAGCAAAGGAGGAAAGGAGGCCUUUGGGGUGUAUGGGCUCUGAGUUGGUUGGUUUGCAUAUGAAAAGCAGUCAUUUAUUCUCUCUAGGAAAGAGCUAGCCCUGGGAUGGCAGUCUCUCCAGGGUCAGCAAAGCCUCAGAUGUCAAAGCAUCAGAAUUACAGGAAACAAAAAGGCAUGAUUAAUACCAUCAGAGUUUGUCAAAUGAUGUUUUUCCAAUUCUAUCAUUCCCUUUGCAUUUAUUAGCUGGCAUUCCUACGUUAAAAAUUUUUUAAGUUUUCUCCCUUAGAAAUUAAAAUUGUUCCCAACUUUAGCUAUUGCCAGCCAUUAUACUGUUGCAAUCCAGUGACUCAUUGAUUCGCUCAAAAGUCCACUGAGGCCCUAUUCUAGGUCCUGGAGAUGGGAUAGGAACAAAACAGUCAUAAAUCUCUACAGUCCUGGAACUUAUGUUGGGGUGGGGGGACAGACAAUGAACAAGAUAAAUUAUCUUGUAUGUCAGUUGCUGAUAAGUGCUACAGAGAAAGGUAAUGCAGAGAAGGAGGACAGAAGUGUUGGGUGAGAUGGUACACAAUAGGAUAUAGAUAGAUAGGGUGACAUUGAAGUAAAGACCCAAAGGAAUUAAGGGAGUGAGCCAAGUGACUAUCUGUGGGAAAAGUGUUCCAGAAGAGGAAACAGUAAAUGCAAAGGCCCUGAGGCAGGUUUGAAGAAAAGCAAAGAGGCCAGUGGACUGGAGCAAAGUGGGUGAGGUGGGAAGAAGGGGGCCCAGAUCAUGCAGGGCCUUGCAGACAUUAUCCAGACUUAGGUGGGAAGCCACUGGAGUGUUUCGAUAGAUGCUAACACCCCAAACGUCACUUUCUGCUUAGACUGGCUUCACUCCCACACACCAGCUCAAGUCCAGUACAUAUAUGUGUUAGUGGCCACACCAUCCCAUGCAUUCAUUCGCUGAGUAUCCUGUUCUGGGCACUGGAAUACAAAGAUAAGGGAAACAAAACGGCAUGGGUCCCUGACGUCAUGGAGCCUAGAGUCAAGUAUGGGAAGAGAGACGGUAAAAUCAUCUCCUGUACAAGCAUCGAAUGCAAUAGUGCCUCCAACCUAGUCGGAGAGGUUGGGGAAGGCUCUCCUGAGGAAGUGACUCUUGAGCUGGAAUCUGAAGGAUGAAAAGAGUCAAGGAGGAAAGGAGAAGAGGAUGGUUCCAGGCAAAAGCAAACAGCGAGAGGCGGUACAGGGAGAUGGGGAACAGCAGGCGGAGGCUCAAGCGUGUGGCUUUAAAGUUGUGCGCCUGUAGCUGAGAGCAAGGCGAGAUGCUGAGCGGGAGGGUGACUGCUCAGGGCUUGGGAGCCCCCUCUGCAGCGUGGAGAAGGAUGUAGUCAGACCAGGAAAACAAAGGGGCUGGUAUGGACUCAAGAGGGAGCGCUGGGGAUGGGAGACUAAGAUUCUGGAGACACUGGGGGCAAAUUGACAGGACUCGUGAUGUAAUCAAUAGCACGUAGGGCAGAGGAGAGGGACAUGACUAGUUUGGCUUGCAUAACACCAGGGUUUAUCUUGAGGCUGACAUUUCUCCUUGACCUUUUUGUUUAUAUCCCCGCCCCCAAGGUUGCGUUAGCUGCCUGCUGAGUUUAAUCAAUUUGGUUGAGCUCUUGAAAAUCCCUUCUCCUGGUGAAACCAGGAGUGAAGGGAUAAUCAGUCUAUUUCCAGAACCCAAAGUGGAUUAAGAUAAAAUAGCUUUCAUUUAGCUGUCAUCCCUCCCCCAAACCUUCCCCACUCAAGCUUGACAGCUCCUGCGCUGGGAGCCCCUCUGGGCCCUUGUCUAAUGCUUUGAACUGCUGAAACUACCAUUUCUCCCGUCUCAGCACUAAUCCAGUUGCCACUCUACUCCCUAAAUGGGAUUUGGCUUCUAGACAUUAAGACCUGGGUGUGGGCACCCUCUCCAGAUUCCCUACAAAUUCCAGUCAGCCAGGGCCCAAGUGGGGUCAUCUGUUUAGACAGAGCAAGGGCUGGCUGCCUGCUCACCCCGGAGGACACAGAGACCCUCUCCUCACCUCCUGGGACCGUCCCAGCUGGUUGCCCAAGGUAUGUGGUCACCCUCGAACAAGCCUUCUCAGAAACUCAGGGCAGGGCGCAGGGAAGAGCCAGCGCCAGGAAGACUGGCAUUUUCGUGUAGUCAGUCUGUCCCAGUUUCACCUUUUCUGUGUAGUUUUCAUGGACGUUGCUUGUUAAGGAGCGCACUGAAUUCCAGACAGCUCAGAUGGCCUCUUUGUUGUGGGUAAAGCUGGGGAGUGGUGAGAGAUGGCAGGAAAGGGAAAGCACCGCUCAGUAUGAAUUGCUGAGCAAAACUUUUGGGGAUUUAACGUAUUUUUAAAAUGAUAUUCGUGAAGUGGUUAUGCUGUGGUUUGCAGGGACUUUUUCUAUUUUAAUUGCCGUAAUAUAUCGUCAAGAUAGAAUUUUAAAUUCAGUCUGGCUUAAUGUGACGAUACCAAGGCUUAGUCUCAAAGUAAAACCUUCUCAUUGGAAUCUAUCUGGACGUCCUGGUGAGCUUUGCUAAGAAAUGUCUGAGGCUUAUCAGGAAAAAUAAAACACCUUUAAACAAAAAAAGCACACUCUAGUAAAAUACAAACUAGACGAAGCCCUUAUUUAGUCAAACGUGGGUAUUGAGGCGGGUAGAAGGAAAUGUCUGAUGGAUGUCCAGCAUCUCAUGUAUGGGUUUUAUUCACAGAAUGUUCCUGACUUUAUAUUUAAGAUGAUUUUACCUUUUCCUAGCCCUCUAAAACCUGACACAACACCCCAAAGGGAAGAAGCUGCCAGGGACAGAUAACAUGGAGGCCAACGCGCAGGACAGUAAGUCAACACCAAACCACGUUAUCUUCAAGAAGAUCUCCCGGGACAAAUCGGUGACCAUCUACUUGGGGAAGAGAGACUAUAUAGACCAUGUUGACCAAGUAGAGCCUGUGGAUGGUGUCGUGCUGGUGGAUCCUGAGCUUGUGAAGGGAAAGAGAGUGUACGUCUCUCUGACCUGCGCCUUCCGGUACGGCCAGGAAGACAUCGAUGUGAUCGGCCUGAAGUUCCGCAGGGACCUGUACUUCUCCCAGGUCCAGCUGUUCCCUCCUGUGGGGGCCUCGGAAACCCUCACGAAGCUACAGGAGAGCCUGAUCAAGAAGCUAGGGGAGCACACGUACCCCUUCCUGCUCAAGUUUCCUGACUACUUGCCCUGUUCGGUGAUGCUGCAGCCAGCUCCACAAGAUGUGGACAAGUGCUGUGGGGUCGACUUCGAGGUCAAAGCCUUUGCCAUACAAGGCACAGAUACGGAAGAGGACAAAAUUCCCAAGAAGAGCUCCGUGCGUUUGCUGAUCCGGAAGGUACAGCAUGCGCCACGAGAGAUGGGUCCCCAGCCGCAAACGGAGACCUCCUGGCAGUUCUUCAUGUCCGACAAGCCCCUGCACCUCGCCGUCGCCCUCAGCAAAGAGCUCUAUUACCAUGGGGAACCCAUUCCUGUGACUGUGACCGUGACCAAUAAUACAGAGAAGACGGUGAAGAAGAUUAAAGUGCUAGUGGAACAAGUGGCCAACGUGGUUCUCUACUCGAGUGAUUAUUACAUCAAGCCGGUGGCCACGGAGGAAACACAGGAAAAAGUGCUGCCAAACAGCACCUUGACCACGACGCUGACCCUGCUGCCCUUGCUGGCUAACAACCGCGAGAGAAAGGGCAUCGCCCUGGACGGGAAAAUCAAGCACGAGGACACGAACCUUGCCUCUAGCACCAUCAUAAAGGAGGGCAUAGACAAGACCAUCAUGGGGAUCCUGGUGUCUUACCAGAUCAAGGUGAAGCUCACGGUGUCAGGCCUUCUGGGAGACCUCACCUCCAGUGAAGUGGCCGCUGACGUGCCAUUCCGCCUCAUGCACCCCCAGUCUGAGGACCCAGAUAAGACCAAGAAAAGUUUUCAGGAUGAAAAUUUGGUUUUUGAGGAGUUUGCUCGCCAAAAUCUGAAAGAUGGAAGAGAAGUUAAGGAAGAGAAGACAAACCAGGAGGCGGCUGUGGAUGAGUGAAGAGGCCGGCUCAGGACUCGGGAAAUGGGGUCGUUAGCAGCAUGGUAGCAGUGCCCCACAGUUAGCCCUUUAGUUAUGCUAAAUACCAAAGUGCGGGUCUUCUUCACAGAAAUAAAGUUUGUCUCUUCUGUCCUGGUUGUGAGUCAGGCUGACUUGUUGGGGAAGCUGGGUGAC